AUGUCCACAGCCCCAGACCUGUCAGCUCUUAAAGGCAAAUCCGUACUGGUCACGGGCGGAUCAUCCGGCAUAGGGCUGGCCAUGACCAAGCGCUUCGCACACGCCGGGGCGUUCGUGACCAUCGCAGACAUAGCAACCGAGCAAGGCACAUUGGCAGCAUCAGACUUGACAUCACAGGGAUGCUCGGUGAACUUUGUGCGCUGCGACGUCAAGGACUUUGACUCGUGCGUUGCGGCAUUCAACGCUGCGCUAUGCUUCUCCCCGACCGGUAGCCUUGACGUCGUGGCCUUAAUUGCUGGCGUGGCCGGCGAACCUGGAAGUCUGGUCGACCAAGUCAUCCACGGACAGGCAGGCACCCGAUCCGAGGGCUGCCAGGACAAAGAUCCCGUUCGUCCAGCGCAUUCGGGCAUAGAUGUGAAUCUGACGGCAGUAUAUGAAUGCACUUACCUUGCGCUAUGGUAUCUGAGUCUCAAGAAAGAUGGCAAAGACAAGCAGGGCACUGAGCACUCGGAGGAGAAAAUCGCCGGCACGAGUAAAACAAAAGAGGGAACAAAAUCACUCAUCCUAAUCAGCUCCACGGUUGCAUACACGGAUGUUCCCUUGUUUUCGGACUAUCAGACUUCCAAAUUCGGCGUCCGUGGCCUCUUCCGCGGCCUGCGCCACAGCACUCUCGAGCUCAAUGUCCGCUUGAACACGCUCGCCCCAUAUUUCGUGCACACACCCCUUGUGACCAAAUGUCUCCCUAUACUCGCAGAAAAGGGCAUCCUGGAAGGCAAGGGCAUCACCUUCGUCAACAUCGACCGCGUGGUCGACGCGGCUGUUCGCCUCGCGGUAGACGAGUCUCUGCAUGGACGCUCCUUGGCCGUGGUUCCUGGGCCUCAUGGCGUCAUUGACCUCAAGGACGACGAGGAUGGGAUGUGGGCAGGCGAAGUCGUUAACGAUAUUCUCAAGACCAGGAGAGCCGCUGGAGACCUCAUGUAG